CAACAUCUCUUUGUUCUCACACUCACCAAAAUUAUUCAUAACACAUUUUUCAUCCACUUUGGGCCCUCGAAAGACGUCAACGCUGACUCGCGACGAGUUUCAAGAGAGUUUUCUGGGUCUCGCGGCAGGCUGCAGCUCGGGUCCGGGGCUUGCAGGGCUGAGAAGGUUCAGUACCUCGUCCAGGGUAUUUCUUUCACGCUUCGUGGGAACGAAAGAGAAAUUCGCAACAGCGAAUUCUCCGAGCGUAUCUGUUGCUCAGGGAAGUCGGGAAGUCGAGCAGGGGGUGUUGGUAAUCAUCGUGGCGGUGACUGGGCUGUUCUCAAGAUGCCGUUAUCCAACGAUGACCGGGGUUGGAUUAUGACCGCUUUGAGCGGAGUCGCUUGCGUGUUUGGUGCUUCGUUCAUCUGCGUCGAUAUUUUGAUCCGACUUUUGCCUGGGAAGAAGAACUUUCGAAUACAAGACAGCGAUGUCUUUCUCUCCCUCUCCCUCAGUCUGAGCUUUGGAGUGAUGCUCUUCAGUGCUUUGUACUCGAUUUUACCAUCAUCGAAGCGAUCUCUGGAGGCUGGAGGUCACUCGCCGAAAGAGGCAUCAUGGAUCAUGAUCGGAUGUUUCAUUGGUGGAGUUAUCGGCAUCCAGAUCGUGUCGAGGCUACUCCAUGGGUGCAUCCCACACAACAUUGUCGAUUGUGAGCACGAACAUGGAGACGAAGAGACGCCUAAGGAGCGACCCGAUCCCCAGCACGAUCAUGAUCAUGCAAAUGUGGUCAGCCAUGACCAAGAGCAUCCGCCGAUGCGAGAAACGACCUCUCGGACAGAUUCUAAUCUUGGAGCUUUGUCACGACCGCAAGGAAACUCACGAUCUAACUCUUACUACGGGAUGGACCAAAGUUUCACAUCGGCCCAGACAGCAGAGAGCGAACACUCACAACAUCAGCAAAAAGACGGAGCGCCGACGCGACCGCGAACUUUGCAGGUGCGAAUAAGGAAGAGUAUCAACCAAUUGGCGUCUGGAGCAGACUCGGACUGCGAUUGUGAGGGUCCGUGCUAUGGAUAUAGCGAUUUGUGCCAACAAGCGUGUUUCCGGAAUGUGACCGCAAAAGGCGGUGCAAAAGCUCCUCUCAAGCCGAGCAAUGGAGCAAAACGUCCAGCGGCAACUAAGAGUGUCACAGCGACGGAGUCAACUCCCCUUCUGCACAAAGUCUCGAACGAUACACUCCAUCGACCGAAUACGAGAGCAGUAGCGGAAGGUCUUGCCAAUACUCAAGACUUUGCCCCUUCAGAUGAAAGUGCUAUCACGCCAACAGAGGUUGCUCACGAUGCUCCAGAACCACACCACAGCCACGGACACGACGCCGAGCCGGACCAUCAUCACCACCACGUUCCAACAAAUGCGUUCCUGUCCAUCGGCUUGCAGACCUCCAUCGCUAUUGCGUUGCACAAGUUGCCCGAGGGCUUCAUUACCUAUGCCACGAAUCACGCGAAUCCCAAACUUGGUGUCUCUGUCUUCCUCGCACUAUUCAUCCACAACAUCACGGAAGGCUUCGCCAUGGCUCUGCCUUUAUAUCUUGCCAUCAACAAUCGCAUCAAAGCGAUGCUGAUCUCACUGGUCUUGGGAGGACUCAGCCAACCGAUCGGAGCCGCAGUCGCCGCCCUCUGGUUCCGCUUGGCUGGCAACGGACGAUUCGAGCCGGACGAGAGCGUGUACGGUGCCAUGUUCGCCAUCACAGCGGGCAUCAUGGCGAGCGUGGCAUUACAACUGUUCAGCGAGAGUCUGGAUCUGACGCAUUCGAAGCAUCUUUGCAUGAUUGGCGCAUUUUCGGGAAUGACGAUUCUGGGAAUCAGCAACAGCCGACUCGAGACCAUGUCUAUGUCGGACUUGAACGCGCUCAAGCGCGCACUACCCGCAGUGAAACCCAAGCCUCCUCCCACCAUCUCCACGCAUCGACCCGCCAGCGCAUUCGACCUCCGCUCCAUCCUCCUCCGCGAUAGAACCCAUCCAGGCUCCUUCUCCAUCUCCAUCCCUUUCCGUGACAAACGCAUCCUCAAGUCCCACUGGAACAAGAAAGCGCCCAUCUCCAGGGCCAAACUGGCACUGCUCACGAACGCUGUGACCCACAACCUCGACUUGGCGUCCAUUGCGCCUCUACGUUGCGAGGGGUCUGAGAAGACUGGUCAGGUUGUGAAGGCGGCGAAACCGUUGACGAAGAAGGUGCUUGCGUUUCGUCCUACGGUGGGGGAAGCGGAGGCGCUGAUUGGCAAGUUUGGGAAUACGAUGUUUACUUACGAACCUCGCGAUCCUCAGGCUCAUGUCAAUCCCUGGUCUCAACUCCAUCCAUUCUGCUACGGCGCCGUGUCGCGGAGCGGAACCAAGGAUAUGGCGCUGUUGCGGCUGCAGUGGACGGUCGAAGCUGCGAAUGAGAGACUGGUGAAGUUGACCGGAGAGGAUUUCCGUGGUCUGCUCAAAGAUGCCGUGGGUGAGGAUGAUGUGGCGACCUGGAUGGCGGCGGAGCUGGUGAAUCGGUAUGAGAGGUAUUCCAAUCGACGUAUGGCGUUGAUGAAGGAGUUGGAGGUGUUGAAGGCGAGGGACGUGGUUGGGCGUGUGAACAAGCCGUACUGA